AUGCAUUCAAGGUUCAGGAGCGUCACACAUGUCUUCGGCGAGGACUUUGUCUCUGUCAUCAAGGCCAAUGUGACCCCAUGCAAAGGGCGUGAACUUGUUGUUGAGCUGCUUCCUGGGUCUCACAACUGGAAGGAGUUCUAUGAGCAGUACUCCCUGAACAUAGCGGGCCUUGUGCCAAACCCACAUGUCAAGGACAAGUCCCAAAUGACUGUGAACCAUUGCUGGCGUUUUAUCAAGCGGUCAGACUUGCCACUGUAUGAUGACAAGUGUGGGGAUUCAUGGUGUGCGAAGGAGAUUUCUGGUGAGACCUAUGACAAGUCUGACAAUGACUGUGUCCUAUUAUUGAAGCACCUGGUGAAUAGUGAAUCCUUGUCGCAACCACCUCUGAUCGUCCUUCCUGAAGCUUUCCGGUCCAGGCUUCAACAACCAGUGAAGGUGCUGCCCAGAAACCUUCUUGCAGAUCGUGCCAAGAAAGAGUUCUUACGCACAGCAGAGCUGGUGGAGCAGGACCCCUGGCUACUCACAAAGGCUGCAAAUGCUUUGAGAGGGUGGGAUGCCAAUGAGAGGCAAAGUUGGCCACCAGUUCCCCUGCCAGAUUGGUGGUUUUCCACGGAAGGUCGGAAGGUGGGUGUUGUGCCCAAUCCUGAAGGGUGGGAGAAGUAUGCCCCUGGACCAGUGCGGAAUGUCACUGUUGCUCCAGCACCUCCUGCCCCUGUCCCUGGUGAGCCCAAGAGGAGGGGUCGGAAGCGCAAGGCAGACAAGCAGGGAAUGGAAGGGCAGAGUGGUGCUGAUGCUGAGGUCUAUGAGGGCAAAGCGGCAGUGAGUGGUGCAUCAGUUGCAGUUCCAGCACCACCAAAAGAAGACCUUCAAGAUAUGAUUGCAGGGCGUGGUAGUGAGGGUGUGAUGGAGGAGGAGAAGGUGCCUGUAAUGCCUGCAUUUCCCACUCGGUCUACAUUUGCUGGGCGGACCAGGACUGGAACACAGCAGUAUCAAGAACAAUGGGAUUCUCGCAGGACUGCAUACUAUUCAUCAGUGCCAUCAACCUUUUGGAAAGACCAUUUUGAACGCCAGUACUGGACGUUAUGCUCAAGCUUGAAAGACCCUGAGGGUGCCAUGAAGCAGUUCCUUGAGGACAUUGGGUUCAAGCCUCUACCACGACCACCAGCCGCGCUACCCAAUGAGCCCAGUGCAUCAGCCAAGGUGCAAGGGAAGCCAAAGGCAAAGGCAGCGCCAAAGCGUGGGCAUCCACACCGGAAGCCAGCCUGCAAGGCUGUGGCAAAGCCAAAGCCCAAAGGCCGCCCGCGUGGGAAGAAGGCACAGCAUAUCAAUGAAACUUGA